AUGGGUUCGAAGAAAAGCAAGCCAAUUAUUAUAUUGUCCGAAUUGGGUGAAAUAUUUAAGACACAUCACAAUGAUAAGAAUCAUACAGGAGUGAACACAACUAUCAAAUCGAUUGAAACAAUAUAUGCAACUGUUCCAGUGAAUAAGCUCAAAGAUUAUAUAAAAAAUUGCGAGGUAUGCUCAUUGAAGACGACGUUGCCGAAGACUCCAACUGGUAAAGCUUUAAAGUCAACGGCAGUAUGGGGUCGAGUUGUAAUGGAUCUUAUUGAUUUUAGUAGCACUCCUGAUGGAGAAUUUAAAUACAUAAUUCACUUUAAAGGCCAUUUUUUUAAUACAUACGCAAAGCCUCUUAUAUCAAAACAAGGGGAACAAACAGUAAAAGUUAUACGGAAAUUGUUUUUUACUUUUGGUCCUCCAAAAAUUUUACAAAGUGAUAAUGGACGAGAAUUUAAAAGUUUGGUUUAUACUCUUCCGAGGUUAACAUCAAGGGAAAACUUAUUGAUAGAAUAUGAUCCUGAUGAAAUCGGUUUGGUUCAUACUCUUCCAAGACUAACAUCAAACGAAAAUUCAUUGAUAGAAUUUGAUCCUGAUGAAAUCAGUUUGGUUCAUACUCUUCCAAGACUAACAUCAAACGAAAAUUCAUUGAUAGAAUGUGAUCCUGGUGAAAUCAGUAAUAAUAAAAUAUGCUAG